GUCUUUGCGGGGAGCCAUGUAGAAUUUCUGACUUUGCUGCAGAAAAUUCCUGUUUUUCAAUCAUGGCCCAUUGUUUUGCUCUAACACGAAAAUUAUUCCUACAGGUAUGAAUACACUGUGAUGGUUAUUACCGGAGGGUCAUGGGUUUAAUUACCUCCAACUAUCCAAUCCUACCAAAGGACUGUAGUGUAACUUUCUGUGCUGGAUGUUCUGUCUCAUACUCCAUGAUGAUCCCAGAAUGAUCUAGCAGAAAUGUUCAGUCCAAGUGUUGGAGCCAAUGCAAGGGUCAAUGGCCAUGUGCCAGGCCUUGCAGGAGGUCAAGAUUCAAGAAGUGAUCAACGAAAACGCAAAGGCAAGGCUCCCUCUGCAACAAACCUAGCCAAUACUAGGCAGCUCACUGGGUCACCUGUCAUCGCUCAUCAACUACCUGACUCACCAAGAUCUAAUUCUUGCAAUGGGCAGUCAAAAUUUGCUGAUCGGUUGAAAGGGCUUCGGGGGCUUUUGCAAAGCAAUGGUGAUGAAGCAUACCAAAAUCGCACUGACCAUUCAGAUCUCAGUGAGCUGGAAGAUCCUUAUGCAUUCAAUGAGCCAGAGCCGGUACGAAAAUAUUCAAACUCUACACCUGCUGUGAAGGUAGCAGCUAAGCCCUCUGGUAGGAGUGUUGUGAAGAGCAAACCAGACAGAGGAAGUAAUAGCACAGAACCAACAGGCCUGAACAUGACCAGACUGUAUCCUGCAUUCUUUGAUCCAAGCUCUCCUCAGUUACCAUCAUCUACAAAUUCUGGCAACUCUAGUAAAACAACACUUGCAUCCUUGCUAGAAUCAUCUGCUGCAGAUGACUUUCAUCCCAAGCGUAAUGAAUUAGACCGGUCCUUUGCUUCAUUUUCUGCUAAAGAAUUAAAUUGCUUUCCAAAUUUGACCAGUCCACCUCCUCCUGAACAGCCAUCAUUAUCAGUUGUUACAAACGCCAAAGUUUCACCUGUUAAACAUGGCAUGCCAACCACUCCCCAGAGAGAAAGUAAUAAGCUUGCAGCUCUUUUUAGCCCCACUUAUUUAAACAGUUUACGCAAUGAUAAAGCCAAAAUUCGGAAGAUCUCAGCGCCUAGAAACCAAACUCGUGACAAGGUUACUCCACGAGUGACGCCUUGUGAUAAAAGAGCUCCCAAGGAUGUAGUUAUCAAAUCAGCCACAAUUCCAACAGUGGAUCAUAGGAAGCCAGAGGAUGCAUCUAAAACUACUUUGAGUCGCCUGCAAGAUAAAAUUGCUCGGAAAAUGGUAAUAGGGAAGCAUCAGCGAAAGAUGGCUGGUAAAACAUCUAAUGAUGUUCCGCCUAGAAGACACAGUGUGAAUGAUGUGCCAGUUAAAAAGGAAAGAAGCUUGCUUGAAGAGCAACUACUUGGACACAAACCGAUAAAGCCACUGAAGAGGGAGGAGACGGUUGGUGUGUUACCCCAGUCCUCUAUUUUGACCCCUCCACCUACUGCCACAACCCGGGUACCAGGUGUCAAUGGUCCGUUAACUUAUGGUGUAUCUAAAAGUAUGCCUACUGCGCAGCGAAUCAAUGGAACCCCAUCUAGUAAACAGCAGAAGCCCCAUGCUACUUAUGGUGGCCAGAAACCAUCUAAAACACCUUCAAUCAAUGCAUCUCAUGGGUCCAAGAGCAACUCUUUGUUAAGACAUGGAGCAAAUGGAUCUCUUACGUCUGUGACUCGUGGGAAAGGUGAAAUCAGUAGGCCAAAUAAACGGCCAAGAAUCAAAUUAGAUGUUGCAGGAGACUCCUUGAAACAUGAAUCCUUGCAACGGCUACAUCCUAGUAAAGAGUCUAAAUAUGACAUAUUUAGCAGAACCAAGGUGGUGGAAUCUGAUAGUGAUGACAGUGACUUGGAAGAGGGUCUGGUGUACCAGAAGCAUUGGUUCAGUGGUUGGAUGGAAGCAGGAUCUGGCCUUGCCUCUGAGGAUAAAAGAGAAGGCCGUCUUCUACAAAUUCGUAAUGAGUUUAGGCGGAAACUUAGUCAAGUUUGGGGAACCAGACGAGAUCCUGGUACUCUGCCUCUUCCUAAAUGUGUUAUUAAUGCUGCUUCCACCAAACCAAGUCAAACAGCUCUUCUACUCUCUCACAACCAACGCUGGCAUAGAACUGGAAGGUCCAAGUUGUCUAUGUUGGUGCCAAAGCGGUGUGUGUUUGGCAAACAGGGUGAGGGGGAACCUUGCACAUCCAUGGCACUUCCUUGUGCUCAUCACUGUGUGCGUCACAUUACAUACAAUGUAGAACAGCUUUUAUUUGAACAUUGCACAGCCAAGUUCUCAGACAAUACACAGUGUUGUGUUCCUGUGUUUGAUUCAAGUCACGAGUUACCUCUAUGUUCUGAGCAUGCCCGCAAAUUGGAUGAUUACAACCGCCAAUCUCAAGUACUAAAACCAAAGAGGGUUCGCAAAAAGUCAAAGCCACCUGCCAUGACGAGAUCUACAAAGCGGAAUAAGAAGAAAAAACAAAAGCCCUCUCCUAGCAGCCAACCAUCUCCUCUUCCUUCAUCCCCACUUGUUCCUGAUGUGUUACCACCAGCCCAAGCUCCAGCAAGAAUUCAGAGAUCACAGUCUCUUCCUGUUGAUUCCUUGUCUCGUCCAGACUCAGAUGAUGGUCUAGAUGGAAGUCUUGGUCUUGAACCUUCUACUUCCCCUGAAGACAGUACAGAAAUUUAUGUUACUGAUGAGUCAUUUGCAGGAUUGAGUGAAUCACAGUUAAAUGUGCAACAAAUCAAUGGAGGAACUGAGACUAUAGUUGAUGUUGGUGGAGUUGAUGUUGAAGUGGAUGAGGCUCUGGAGCUGGCUGGCGAGCUGCCUGAAUUGACGGAUGCAGGUGACCUGGGUCAACAAGAGGAGCUCCUGGAGGGUCAUGACUUGACAAAUGUUCUGAAUGAAAUUCCAUCGAUUGCAUUUACUGAUUUGUUUGGUGCAGAGGACAAAAGCAGAGAGCCCACAAGAGAAGAAACUGAAGAGUUGGAAAGAGCGCUUGCUGCUGUGGAUAAAGAUGUGAAGUCACUGCAGAAUAUGGGUAGUCAAAUUCUACUUGAUUACAAGGCUCAAGAUUUACUUCAAACCAACACUGGGCAGGCUCAAGCCCAAGCUCAGGUCUUUCUUGAGGUAGAUAAACUUUCCACAUCUCCUGGUUUGUUAGACAUUGACAAACUGCAGGCCCAGGGCUUAUUUGAUGAAAAAAAUGCGCAGGGCUUACUAGACAACUUUUUAGAUGACCAGACUCUUGUCCAAACUUUGACUCAGAUGCCCGCUGAUAUGCCAGGUAGUAGCACUGGCCUUGUGUAUUAUCAUAAUGGCUAUGCAACAAUCAAUGGAGGUGGGAUGGAUAAAAAUUUGUGUGCUGCACCCAGUAGCGCUGCUUCAAUGUAUCAAACUCCAAAUAUGGUAGGUGUUCAUUUAGCUCCACAGACUGAUCUUCACUCAUAGGUAACCCUGCUCGGGAUAUAAUCUUGUGGACUUAGUGGUCUUUGUACAACAAGCUGCUAGAACAAUGACUGUUAAAAAUUCACACUUGAUAGGUAUUUUUGUGCACUUUGUUUGCAAUGUGAAUCUGGUGUGCAUAGAUGUCUUGCAUUGGAAUGCUUCAUCUUGACAGCUUUGAUUUGACCAAUUUCCCCUGACCACAAGUAUAGUAGUCACCAGAUUCCUAAUGAGCUUUAAGCGAUGUAGUAUUGAUGUACUGUCAAUGGUUAAGUUUCAAAUUGUAUGCCCGUAAUAUUAUUAGGUAGAACCAUUUGUUGACAUCAGAUGUGUAACUGUUCCUUCAACAAUGCUUAAAGAAUCUCAGGAAUAAUUCAGAUCGAUGAGUUACCAUGAUGUUUUAAGCAAAUAGUUGAUUGAAAUGGGUCCUGGAUCCUGAAUUGUGGGCCCUUCCAUUUAAAUUAAGAAAGUGUGAAAUCAUACCUUACUGAGCAAAUAAUAAUAGAUUGCCAUUUUAUUUGAAUGCACUUUCUCUAUUUAUGUAGCCACUUAAAAAAAAUGAGCCACUAUUUUUCUUUGCCUUCAAUAAAUUUCAUGGGAAGGGACUGAGACAUUCAUUUUUAUAGAAAAUGUAUUUUAGUCCUAUAAAAAUUGCUUCCAACUCAUCUGAGCAUCAUAUUUUAGAAUUUAUUGUAUCUUACCCUUUUCUCUCUUAGGACCUUUUUGUCCUGGAAUAGUUUCCAUUGCAGGCAACUUUUGUAAGGAACACAGCCAGUGUGACCUAUACCAAAGCAUCAGACAUGAGGAAUCACCAAAUUAUUUUAUAAUAAUAAAGUCCAGUUUUAGCUGUGAAUUUGACUGAGAUUUGAGUGUUAUUGAUUGCAGAAAUGAGAUACUAUACAGCCGUCCAAUAGUCCUUGUUCUUUUCUCCUGCCCUGUAAGUUGCAUUUUGCAGGUGUUGUAUUCUUGAAGUUCUAUGUAAAAUUCGUAUUGUCUUCUUGUUUCACUGCUGACUUUGUGUUGGUCAUUAUGAUUAUUGACUCACUUUAUGGAGAAAUGUUAAGCCAAUGUAUCUAAAAAGAUUUGUCAUUUCUGUAUUGCUCUUCAUUUUAGUCACUUGACCCUACCUCUGCAUUUGCUAGUGUAAUAAAUACCACCUGUUGGCAACAGGAUUUCAUUUGCAGUAUUCAGAUAGAUAAAUGUUGAUUUGCAGAUCAACAUGUUUCUUGUGUGAUACUUCUGCUUCGGAUAAUUUAAGAAAGUGUAAGACUUGUACGUAAAUACUUGCACUUAAGAAAAAAUUUCUGUUAGAAAAUCAGAGUUUUUCUUGAUUUCAUAUGUAGAAUUGUUGCAUUUUAAUUAUUUGUGGGGCCUUGCGAGGAGAGUUUUGGUAUUGAAGUCAUACAAUUGUCAUACCGCAGUUUUCCCCCUCUUUCUUUUAAAUUUUGAUGGUUUGAAUUUAGCUGUUCCAAAGCUGUUCGGGCAGAAUAAUAGCCCUCUAAAAUGAAGUCGACGUACCUUUUCAUGGCCCUCUGGUCCAAAACUCUUUUGUUUGCAUGUAGCUCUAAUAAUGAAGUCCACAUGGGCUUCUCUGAUGCUCAAACGAAUGAAAACAGAUGACAACUGCCAAAUUUUUUUUCUUUUCCUAAAGCAAUGUUUACUUUUAAAGUUUGAUUGAUUAUGAAAGACUGCUAUGUGUUAACAUGCUAGUUUGUGUGUUUUAAUGUAGAUUGAUUGGCUUUCCUCAGAGUUUAGGAACAAUUGAGUGAAUUUAUAGUUGUUAAAUAAUUAGAAACUCACAUUCAACAAUAUGCUAAAGGCAGGUGGCCACAUGAAAAUGCUGUAGCAUUUGUUGUAUAAAUUGUGUGCUUGUAGUGUAACAAAUGAUGUUGUCUUCUCUAGUACAAAUUAUUUGGAAAGCCUCAUUUGUUGUUAGUUUACAUUUUAUCUUCUUCAUCCGGUGAAUUGGACUUCUUCAAUAUGCAAAUUAUCUUCUUCAGUUGGUUCUUUUCACAUAGCUACAUCUGAAAUCUCAGUGAAGGGUGGGGUCUGUUCCUGGGUAUUGUGGUCCCUGUCAUGCCCUUGCUGUACUGAGCAACUGGCUUAUGAAGGCACUUGUAUGAUUUAGUUUUUUAGUAUGUUAAUACAUUUAUUGUUAUAACUAUGAUAUCAGGACCAGGUGUGAAACAUAAACACACUGUAGUGAUGGUGCCAAUGGAUUCAAGUGGACAUGACCUUUUUUUGCACUCUACUUGGUACCAGUUUACUCACUAUUUUUCAAGUUGCUGCCUGUUCCUGGUACUCAUGCUGUGGACUGUGUUACUUAGUUUCUAAGCAUAUGCGCUAACUUGUAACAAUAUGAUCAAAUUUAAUGUAAUUAGUAACAUAUAUUUAUGAAAAAAAAAGCUAUGUACAGUGUACAUAACAUGGCAUACACGUUUGUGUGUGAGCAACUAUUUCUUCUGCUAGAAGAGUGUAAGAUUAGGUAGGGGUUAAUGUUUAAUUUUAUCUGUGAUCUUGUUUUCUUUUUGUUUAAUUACUUUUCUUGUAUUUUGUAUCUUCGUUAUCCUUGUAAUUUCUCUACAGUAAAUUUUUUUUGUCGAUGCUGGUCA